CCUUGCCAGAUCACAGAGCCCGAAGCCAGAGGAAAUCCCAAUCCGCGCACCCGAAUUCCCAAUCUCCCCCAAAACCCUAGCCCCGAUCCCGAUCCCGAUCCCGGCGAGCGAGAUGGCCAACCCGAAGGUGUUCUUCGACAUGACGGUGGGCGGCGCCCCGGCCGGCCGCAUCGUGAUGGAGCUGUACAAGGACGCGGUGCCGAGGACGGUGGAGAACUUCCGCGCGCUCUGCACCGGCGAGAAGGGCGUCGGCAAGAGCGGCAAGCCACUGCACUACAAGGGCAGCUCGUUCCACCGCGUCAUCCCCGACUUCAUGUGCCAGGGCGGCGACUUCACCAGGGGCAACGGCACCGGCGGCGAGUCCAUCUACGGCGAGAAGUUCGCCGACGAGAAGUUCAUCCACAAGCACACCAAGCCAGGGAUCCUCUCCAUGGCCAACGCCGGGCCCAACACCAACGGCUCCCAGUUCUUCAUCUGCACCGUCCCCUGCAAUUGGCUCGACGGCAAGCACGUGGUCUUCGGCGAGGUCGUCGAGGGCAUGGACGUCGUCAAGAACAUCGAGAAGGUGGGCUCCCGCAGCGGCACCUGCUCCAAGCAGGUCGUCAUCGCCGACUGCGGCCAGCUCUAGGUCCGUCCGCCCGUCGCGCUCGCCCGUCGUCGUCGUCGUCGUGCCAUGUGUCCCCUGUCGUGUCGUCGGUCUAAAUAAGAAGUCGUGUCGUGUCUUGCCCCUGUCCGUCCGAUGAGAUCUCCGUGGUUGGUUUAGGAGGGUUUUAGGUGGACUCUUUAGGCUGCUGGAUCUGCGUCCGGCCGCCAUGGUUAUCUUCCCUUGUCUGUUACCGUUUGAAUGAAUGAGAUGAACUCCGCUAUAAAUUAUCCGUAA